CAACCCCACAAGACGCACAACUGGAGGAACACUUCUCCCACACUCUGGCACCGAAUCGGUGCUUUCUAGACAGGGCCACUCAUGUCAACCAAGAGAGGACGCUCUCCGUCCUUAGCGGACGACGCUCCGCCUGCCAAGCGCGGGAGCAACGAGACGGGGGAACAAUCCCAGCUCCAUGUUAACGCUCCAGAAGAUGCCGUAGCUCUAGCUACAGCAGUGCACGCUGUCUCCAUCGCUACGGAAAACAGCGUACCAAUCGCAGAGCCAAAUACAACAGCGGAAACUCAAGGAACCGCCCAAUCUGAGGUUAACUCAGCUCAAACGGACGUGUUGAGUGCAGCAAUGCAGACUCAACCACCGUGUGGCAACGUGUCCGUUGUAGCGCCAUCAGUGGGGCUUAUGGUGGUCGCGCCGGAGUUUGAGGUGGUUCACGACUCGUGGGAGGCAUUUGAAGAAGUACUUAAAGCUUAUGGGAAGAUGACGUUCCAGCUUUAUGUCAUCCGUUCCACCACUUCAGUAAAGCGCCGCAAUCUCAAGAUCGCAGAGAGUGCAGGAAGAGGAGAUACUGGCAACAUGGCAGCUUUAAGAAGAGCAGGAAUGGACAUGGGAGUGUCGGAGGCCGACACAGACCACGUUGUGGAGAGAACUCUGAUCCCGGAACAGUAUCAAUGGUACUCCAAGUCGCUCAAAUGUACGCACGGAUGGAAAGACCGUCAUCGUGGGACGGGAAAACGCGGAUCUGGAGUCGUGCGGUCGACCAGUUGUCCUGCUAAAAUGUGUGUGACUCUGCAGCAUCGAGGCCCUGGCGCUGAAGACUGGAAAGUGGUGGUGACCAAACAUGUGCGGACCCAUAACCAUCAAUUGUCCAAGGAGCUGUACUUGUACUACACUGAAAACCGACGUAUCUACGAUCCAGAGUUGCUAGCUGUAGGUGGAGAUACUUCUGGAGCUGCAAAACCCUCCGACUUGACCAGUACUCAUCUAACAUCGUUGAUCGAUCAAGCGUAUCCGCGAUCGGGGCUAUAUCGCAUGCUCACAUCCAACGAUGACCAGAGUCAACUGGCUUCAUCCAUGGCUUUCAUUGUGUCGGACCCAACGUCGGCUAUUGUCAGUGGGAGCAGCGUUGAAAACCGCUCAAACAAGCAACUCGUACCUCUCUCCGACGCCAGCAAUGGCAACUUUGUGAUCCGGCCACGUACCAGUUCAUCGACUCCGUUAGCUCCGAUGCCGCCCCUGGGAGCCAUGAUAUUGACGCCAGGAACGAUUCCUUCUCGAGCGAUGGAUGGCGGAGGCUUUUGUGUGCCUCGAGUAGCGACUAAAGUGCACGCGUCUUGGGACGCUUUCCACGACUACAUAGCGCAGUACGCCUUUGAUACGGCGCAAGUGUUCCGUACUAGAUCUACUGUAUCGGUUGCUGCUAGGAACGCGAAGAUCGUCGCGUCUAUCGCAGCAAAAACUGGAGAAGACCAUGAUGUGGCAAGCUACGCGAGUUACGCCGCGACAUCUCCGACCUCGCGUCUGAUCCCAGAGGAGUUCAAAUGGUUCUCCAAGCUGCUCAUUUGCACGUACGGUUGGAAGCGCAGAGCGAGGGGUAAAACUCCUCGUCUGGAGCACGACGAUGGGCCUUGUCCAGCGAUGUUGCUGGCUCGGAUGGAGCGCAACGUCGAUGGGAACUGGCAAGUUGUGAUCAAUCGUCAAGUACCAGAGCAUAACCAUAAAUUAGGCGGACAUGAGGAGACUGGAGCAAGUAACCAUGAGGUCAUAGAGGCUCAUACCGAUACUCUGACAGCUGCGCAGACAUUCGAAUCAACUCCUCUGCAAAGUGUGGACGACUCUUCAUUGAUGGAGACUCAAACGAUCGCCACGGAAUCAAGCAUCGAAGAGCCACAGAUCUCGUCUUCAAACCAGCGCGAGAUAGUCGUACGAGUUCCCAAGCUUCAGUCGAUGUUCAAGUCGUGGGAUGACUUCCACGCGAGUCUCAAAGCUUACUCUGACGCUACAUAUCAGCUUUAUCGCACACGAACGACCAGUUCAGCCAAGGGAAGAAACAAGAAGAUCGCGCAGAUGAAGCGUAGAGGAGAAGAAGACGAGAACGAUGAGAACAACGACAGCGAUAGUGAUGUGGAUCUCUCUUUGAGUGGAGUGAAUGGAGCACGUAAGAUUCCUGAAUCCUGGAGAUGGUACUCGAAGACGCUUACGUGCACACAUGGCUGGAAGGAGCGACAUCGAGGCACUGGAAAGCGCAAUGCUCAUGGCGUGCGCUCAACAGCUUGUCCCGUGAAGAUCUGUGCAACUGUGCAGUACAUGAAUCCCUCUCCACGACUGGAGAACGGCAAUAUUUCGGUGGAUAAUGAUGACGCAAAUUCGGAAAGUUAUUGGCGCGUUGUGGUGACGAAACAUAUCGUGGAUCACAACCACAACUUGUCGCGGGAAUUAUACCAGCAUUAUUGUGAGAACCGUCGGAUAUACGAUCCCGAACUCCUAGCUAUCGACACGUCGAGUAGCAACGCUGUGGUUACGCGUAAGGUUUCGAGCGAUCAGGCCGCGACUGCAGAUGGUUCGAGGCUGAAUCAACCUGAUGCAAAUCAAAUUCUUCCUCAACCACCUGUGCUUUCGACGCAGCUUGAGGCAGGACUCGCUGAAGCUGUGAACCAAGCUCAGCUUUUCGGGUCGAAUAGUAAUCACCCCGUCAGUAUUGGUGCAACUGGAGUGACUACUUUGCCACAAACGACUACUUCGAGUGGCGCACAACAGUCUGUUCCGUCGUUUGUGUUGCUUCCGUAUAGUACCGCAGCCUCCUACUUACCCAGCCAAGCACAAGCUCAGUCACAGCAACAGCAGCAAGAGCAACAAACACAGGCAGCAUUUGGUGCUACGGCUGGAGCUCAACUUGGACAAGCAGCCGAACGAGGCGAAGGUGUCGCCACGUUGGCGGCUGUAGCAACGCCUGGCUUAACUCCAGCCAACCUCGUGCUACUCAACAACGCCGGUAUGUCUAUGAAUGGCUUCCCUCCUCCCGGUUCGAACGUGAUUUCAGUGGCGUGUCGAGUCCACGGAUCUUCAGGAACGAAUCCGGAUGGCAAUUCUAUGAGCUCUAACUCAGCUAACACGCCAGCAACACAGUGCACCUGCUUCCGCAUUGCAGGAGGUGGCAACUACGUCACGAUUGUCCCUGCUAACGAGCCAAUAGUCCCCACCGAAACGAGUUUUGACGCUGAUGAUGAGGCGAUGCUGUAUGCGGAAGAGAUGGAGGGAGCGUGGCAGCCGUCGUCGAAUGUGGAGAUUGAAAAGGUCACUACUGACAACGGAGAACUCAUCUGGCGUGUGCCUCGCAUUGCGCGGCGGUACCCCACCUGGGAAGUUUUUCACAAGUAUCUGGACGCGUAUUCGGCUGCAACUUUCCAGCUUUAUCGAGUCCGUACGACAUACUCGGUGCGUUCACGUAACACUCGUCUCCGUCAAUUAGCAGCUAGUCGAGGACUGACUGUGCGUGAAGGUGGGAACGACGCGGAGACGGAGCAAGAAGGUGCCAAUGGGAUGUCUCGAGCUCACCUUGUACCGGAGCAGUACGAAUGGUAUUCUAAAACUUUCCUAUGCACACAUGGCUGGAAACGCCGCAGUCGUGGCAGUGGCCAACGUGUGAGCCACAAUGUUCGAGCUACCGAAUGCCCCGCCAAGGUGUGCGCUACGCUGCAACGGACGGAUGGCUCGAACAACUGGAGUGUCGUAGUGACAAAGCAUUUGACCGAGCACAACCACGAACUGUCGGAAGCGCUGUAUCAACAGUAUUCAGAAGUGCGACGUGUACGCGACCCUGAGGUUCUUGCACAGGCAGAGCAAUUGUGGCGAGGUGGAGCUACACGUCGUCGCGUGUUCGAGUUCCUAAAGGAGAGAUCACCGAAUCAGAUCAUUCUCAUGAAGGACGUGCACAACCUGGUGCAGCGAUGGCAAGCCCAAGAGCGUCGCCAACAGGGCGAUAAUGGAGAGCAGGAGCAAGCCCAGGAAGAACAACGGAGACAGAAUUCGUCAGUUGCAGCUCAUGACGAUGAGAACUCGUCUUGGUUGUAAUGCGAACUGUACUACUACUCUUUCUCAUUUUUAUUUGGUAUGAAUUGCAAUUAGCAAGCGCAGCAAGCAGCGCAGCCAACUCACAUAUCUGGUCUCCUCUAAUUCCACUUUGCGGAGUAUAGCUGUUUCAUGCUGGAAAAGGUACAUUAUCAAAUAUUCAGGGCGAUAGAGAGAUUUUUAGCUCAUGUACUUAUGUCAGUCUUUGUAAUAUAUUUCAGAG